AGUCUAUCGCUCUACCCUCUUUCCCUCUCGCACUCUUCGGCUGUCGCAGGGCCGGAGCGCCCGCUGCACUCGUCGUCGCGCGGCUCGCCAUCAUCCCAAGGGUCUCUACCGUGCCGUGCCGAUAAACAACAGAGAUCCGAAAGUUGGAGAGCGGGAGCGCAGGGCGGAGCAGGGCGGGCGGGGCUACGAAAGCUGAACUCGAGAGCCAUCCAUCCAUCAUGUCCAUAAGGCGGCGGGACUCCCCCCCUGCUUCUUCUUCUGCCUGCCGGCCGGAGGAGGAAGAGGAGGAGGAGGAGCCUUUGGCAGUAGGGGAAGGCGGCGGCGGCACCAUGGACACGGAAGAACCCAGAACCCCCGUUCAAAGCGGCGGCGGCGAUGAUGAACUGGCUGUUGCACGUGCCACUGCUGCCGCCGCCGCAGCAGCAGUAGGCCGAACUGCCACCAGCAGUCCUCCGCAGCCGCGGCCCGUCGCCGACCUCCCUCGGGGCUCGCCCGAGUCUUCUCCUGCUCCUCCUCCUCCUGCUGCUGCUCCCCCCGCGUUUGGUUCUCCCAGCCACCGCGCCGAUAGCAGCGACUCCGCCAUGAGCACCAGGAUCGCCACGCGCCUGGCCAUUGCCCACAACAACGCCGCCGCCCGCAGGCGUCACGCGAGGCUGCUCGACGCCAGGUCCAUGAGGAGGAGCAUUACAGCCUCGCUGCGGCCAGGGGUGGGCGUGGAAUCUCACCCGCCCGCUCUUCUUCCGGCAGUGGCCAUCGCCACCGCCGACAACGAUGCCGCCGGAUCCUGCAGCAGCAGUAGUAGUGCCUUGACCGCCGCGAGAUAUGGUUGGACCCGUCAGGUAGGCGAAGCGAGGGCGGCGGCGGCGGGUGUCGGCGGCGGCAUGAUGACGGGAAGCAUUACCGAUGACAACGACGACGACGACGACACCGACACGGUUGCGGUGGGUGCUGUCGCCACCGAAGGAGCAGAAGAUGAUUCUGAUUUCGGUGGCACGACCGCUGCCAACGGGGAUGGCGAUAUCGCCAACAGCGGGGGUACUUCUUCCGCUGCUGUUCCCGGCGGGGCGGAAGCGUGGGUGAGAGCGGGCACAGCGAGGGCGGCUGUGGCGGUGGCAUCACCACCCGGCCCGACCAGGAGGGGCGGCGGCGGCGGCACCACGGCGAUCGACGGCGGCGAUGCGGGAGGAGUAGCAGCCGGUCAAGUGGCGGCGAUAGCCGCCGCAGCAGGAGAAACAGGGGCGGCAGCAGCAGCAGCAGCAGCAGCAGCAGCAACAGGGGAUACCAACAACAACAGUGCUGGCACCAACAGCAGUAGAUCGGCGGCGGGGGUAUCGGCGAUAUCGGCGAGGGUUCACCAGCUGCACAAGGCUAGCGUGGUCGGAGACCUUGCCGCAAUCUCUCGGUUCAUCAAGGACGGGGGCAACCUCGAGGCUCAGAGCUUUUGCGGUCGGACGGCGCUACACUACGCCGCUUUCUACGGCCAUGCGGACGUAGCGCGCGCUCUCAUCCUCGGCGGGGCCAACGUCUCCUCGAGGGGAGGAGGAAACUCCACCCCGCUUCACUUCGCGGCUUGGGGGGGAAACAAGCCCGUCGUCCGCCUACUGCUGGACUACGGCGCGGACGUCGAGGCACGCGAUACGGAGGGCAACGCUGCCCAGGCGUACUCGGAGGACGAGGAGCUGUACGAGAUGCUGGCGCGGGCGCGCCGCCGGCUGUUCCCGAUGCCGACGGCCGUCCUUGCAGACGCCGUGGAGAGGCGUCCGGUCGCCGCCCUCGGCGUCUACGCCGCCGUGCUGGCGGCGGCCCUCGUCGCCGCCAGCACCCUCGCCGUGUCUCUGGCCACCCCUGGCACCGGCGUCGGCGGCGUCGGCGGCGGCCUGGUGCGAUCGGCCGCUGCUAGCGCCGCCGCCGCUUCCGACCUCGCCUCCUCGCACCUGUGGUUUUCGUUCAUUGGCGGGGGCGGCGGCGGGAAGGUGGCCGACGCGGCCACUGCAGCGGCCGCGGCGGCCGCGGCGGCGGCGACGACCGGUGCGGGGGGGGGAGCGGUGCCGUCGGCUGUGUUCUGGACGGCGUUGCCGGCCGCCCUGCUGCUGGGCAUCGCGCCGGCGGUUUGCUUUGCGGUCGGGUUCAAGAGGAGGACGGACGCGCUCUGGAAAAGAACGUCGUGA